GGGUGCACAUGCAGCCCUGCGAGUAAUUUUUGUUUUUACCGCUGCCUUGUGCCAGGCCGCGUUACCAUGAGCUUGCCGCUGAACCCCAAGCCCUUCCUGAACGGGUUGACACGGAAGCCGGUGAUGGUGAAGCUGAAGUGGGGGAUGGAGUACAAGGGCUACCUGGUUUCUGUCGAUGGCUACAUGAACAUGCAGCUUGCAAACACAGAAGAAUACAUAGAUGGUGCAUUGUCAGGACACAUUAGUGAAGUUUUGAAAAGCUGUAACAAUGUCCUAUACAUCAGAAGAGUAGAAAAAGAAGAUGGAGAAAUGAGAGAAUAAGUUUGUAUAUUUCUGGA